ACCAUGUUUUGACAACCAACAUUACCACAUGGCCAGCAUCGAAGGACCGUUAGUAUACGGGACAGCCCAAUCCCGAUAUAACAUAAUCCGAAACAAUCGAUCUAUUCUCCACUACCUGGUCAAUAACUCACUUUUGGCAUGUGCUGAUUGACGGACAGAUGUUUCCACAGGGGUUUCAAUAUACAAUAUAUAUAUGUGUAUGGUUACCUACAUAUCUACCUGGAUCUUGCUGUGUUCAGAUUUCUCCAGAUUCUGCCGACUUGUUUACGAACGUCACAAACAAAACGUGGUAGCAAAAUGGUAAUACGAAGCCCUUCAAACGCGGCAUUGCCAGCUCCAAAAACAUUGGAAUCAGUAAUCGUAAUGGGUUAAUAAUAGCACUCAGGAUUUGGGAUUAUGUUUCUCUAUAAGAAAAUAGUUCAAACACUUUACAUAACAAAUCUCUUGAUCACAAAAGGUUUUAGAAUAGCAUCAAAAUAAAUACAACUUAUUUAUUAUAUUUUAAUAACUUUUUUGUUCACCAAUUUUCUAACACAAUCAAAUACAAGAUCGAAGUUUUUAAACAAAAUUAAUACAAGAUGCCUUAUCUGUAUGGAAUAGCGGACACCAAGUUCCUUCACCAGAAGGUGAAAGAGAAGAAAAAGGCCCGUACGGAAAUGGCUCCCACCAAAUUCCAACGGAAUAAGUUCCUUCAGGGUUGUCCCAAAUACGAUAAGGAGGACAUACCGAUACAGUUCAGGACAUCACCCGAUACUCUCGUAGAGCUUUGCGCCUCGGUCGUGGACAAACUGCCACUGCCUUCUAUUUAUGAGUGGAAUGACAUGGACAUCAGGCGUUGGAUCAAUGGCUACGGUUAUCCUCAGUAUAUGAACACCUUCCGUGUAAACAUGAUCUCGGGUCGUAAGCUGCUCCUGUUGGAUGCCGCAGCUCUGUGUGCGAUGAACAUCAAGAACUUCGAUCACAUCAAGCAUAUAGCUUAUGGCAUCCGAAUGCUGUUUCAUUUCGAGUUGACCAAGUUCUCAUCCAGUAUUUCCCUGCCGGACGAGAAACCCAAUGAGUUGUACCUGUUAUUCCAUACGCAGACCGGACUUAACUACGACAAAGUGCGCAGAAGUGAUCUAUACCGCAGAAUGCAGAUCCUUCGGGAACGGGCACGCAAUCUGGACCAUUGGGAUCUGCUGUAUCUGUGGUUGCGCCGCGAGCAGGAGCGCAAGUACAAGGAGCUGAUCGGAAUGGUUCCCCGCGCUAACAUGUAUAAGUGCAUUAAUGCGGUUAAAGAGCCGGAGAAGGAACAACCAGAUCUGGAACUUGAAGAUCUUAUGUGCAUGACAUGUAUUCCACCAUGCGAUUGUGAUUGGACUGAACGGGAUGUUCGGCUGCCGUGGCGACUAGGAUGCCUAUCUCCUGCUCUGGUCACCACAAUGAGCAAGUGGAAGGCCUUGCAGGCGGAGUGCUCGUCUUGCAUUCCGCCGUGCGAGUGCCGCUGGCCCCCGCGUUAUUAUCUCACGGGAACUGUGAUCCGGUGUCUGCAGAUGCGCUUCCCGGAGAAGUUUUGCCCCAUCUUCGAUGAGAGAUAUCGGGCUUCGCCGCGUCCCAGUCUCGUGGAGCGCUGGACCCGUUUCUCGAUUUGAUUUCAUGAUUCUGGAAACUUUAAAUCUAUUUGUUUUGUAGGAAUGAUUGUUGAAAGUAACUUCUUAAAAAGAAUAAACCCAAAAUUUAUGACCGAA